CAACGAAAACAUUGCGCGAUACGUAACAAAAUGAGGCUGACGGUGGUUAAUUUCUUCAAAAAGAGUGUAAAUGGACAUAUCUUUCGUGGUAAACAUCGGCUGGUGAAACGGGUAACUCAAAGUUCCAUGGCCACACUAAUCCGAGAGUUCGAGCAAACCGAGGCAAACAUGAGACUACUGCUUCAUCCCUAUCUCACGAAAGAACAAUCGAGUGGCCACGCGAAGGAGCUGGGUAAGAAGGAGAAGAUCGUGGUCAAGUGGCGCGAAGAGCAACUGAAAAUGAAACCUCACGUGACGAUAGCGGAGCGACUGGCGCAUCUCGAUGUGAAGAACGUUUGGGAUUAGCAAAUGCAGAUCAAUUUACAUUAUAGCACAGCUUUAUUGUACAAUUAGACUUUGCACUGGCAACAACAACAAUGCGUUUAAAUAAUUGUGUAUAACCGAUAACAAAGGCAACGUGGCUCGUUGCACAGUCGAUGAAAUAGAUAUUGUGUACGC